CGCAACUCAGAUCAGCAGCGGCAGCGCGAAUAAAUAUUAAAUUAAAUUAAAUUAGCAAUAAGAGUACUGUGUGCAUUGAAAGCAAUUGCUCAAUACCAAGUGCCAUACACAUACUAUUCUAGUCUAAAGAAUGUGCAGUCUUAUUCACAUGUACUACGUAGUGCAUUUAUAGUUCCAGGAAUAACGCUGAGAAAAAUCGCCGCCUGUUGCGCCUCUGUUGUGUGUGUCUGCGCUACUCAUAUGUUUACUUGUGUGCGUGCGCGAGCAGCUGAGCCUCAUCGGAAUCGCAAUCAGAAUUGUUUAUAAAAUUUUUUAAUGCUUCUGCCGCUGGCGCAGAAACAGUAUGCAAAUGUUGAACAAGCCGGUCGCGUCGUCUCCGUCGCCGUCGUCGUUGUCUUCGUUAUUGUUGUUUUGUUGUUAAGCGUGCGCGCCGCGUAAUCGAAAGUGAUUUGUUAUUAUAAAAAUUCAUUUAACGAUUUAGUUGUUUGUAUUGCACUUCGAUCGGUCAUUGCAUUAAUUGCUCAAUCAACGACACUUGUGAGCAACUCUCUCACAAUGCUGAGCAGCAAAUCGCAUCGCAGCUCACAUGGCAGCAUCAAGUCAUCAACAUCGCUACGCUCCAGCAGCAAGUCCUUUCAGGCCAAAAUGGAUAAAAUGUCACAGCAUCUGUACGACAUUGUCAAAAGCGGAUCGAUGGUGAAGCGCGCACAGAACAAGAAACGCUUCACGCCCGUCAACUACAAGCAUCGUUGGUUCGAAUUGACCAAGCGAACACUCUGUUACUUCGAUGUCGAGAAUGUCGAGCGACGUCGCGAACGUGGACGCAUUAAUCUGAAAGGCGUUCGCCUUGUGGAGGAGGCAACAGUCAACGGUGAGGGCGGUGAUCCCUUUGCCCCGGAUGGUUACCCGUUUCAAGUGGGCUACUGCGAGACACAGCAGCUGCAACAGCAACAAGCGGAGCAACAACAACAACAGUUGCUGUCGGGCAACGGAGUUGAGGGGCAAUUGGUGGGAAGAGCGGUGCCACAAUACACGCUCUACGUGAUAGCCAACAGCGAGAAGGAGCGCAGCGAUUGGAUACGAGCCAUAAGACAAGUUUGCGAGGACAGCAAUACACCGAAAUCGUAUCGCUAUCAUCCUGGUCUGUGGUCGGGCAAGAAGUGGAGCUGCUGCAAGGGAUUAGCACGUGCCACCUUUGGAUGUCGCGCCGCAACUCAUUGGCGUGAGGCCAACAACAAUCCAAGCAACGGCAGUUCUCCAGCCCAGAAUUCGACACGCAGCAUCAGCCCGAACAACUCGACGACCAACAGUCAAUUCAGUUUACAGCACAACAGCUCCGGCAGCCUAGGAGGCGGUGGCAGCGGCAGUGGUAUCGGAGUUGGCGGCGGAGGAGGAGGCUUAGGCAGCCCCAACGGCGUAGGAGGCGGCGGCAGUUGCACACCCACAUCGCUGCAGCCACAGUCCUCGCUCACGACGUUCAAGCAGUCACCCACUUUACUCAACGGCAACGGCUCUCUAUUGGAUGCCAACAUGCCUGGGGGAAUUCCAACACCUGGCACGCCCAACUCCAAAGCCAAAGACAACUCGCACUUUGUCAAGCUGGUAGUGGCGCUUUAUCCUUUCAAGGCCAUCGAAGGCGGCGAUUUAUCUCUGGAAAAGAAUGCUGAGUAUGAAGUCAUUGACGACUCACAGGAGCAUUGGUGGAAGGUGAAGGAUGCAGUCGGCAAUGUCGGCUAUAUACCCAGUAAUUAUGUCAAGCCUAAAGCGCUGCUGGGCCUGGAACGUUAUGAAUGGUACGUCGGCGAUAUGUCGCGACAACGCGCCGAGUCCUUGCUGAAGCAGGGCGACAAGGAGGGCUGCUUUGUGGUGCGCAAGUCAUCGACCAAGGGUCUCUACACACUCUCGCUGCAUACCAAAGUUCCCCAGUCGCAUGUGAAGCACUAUCACAUCAAACAGAACGCCCGCGGCGAGUAUUAUCUGAGCGAGAAGCAUUGCUGCGAAACCAUACCGGAUCUGAUUAACUAUCAUCGCCAUAAUUCGGGCGGACUGGCGUGCCGCUUGAAGUCAUCACCAUGCGAUCGUCCUGUGCCACCAACAGCGGGCUUGUCCCACGACAAAUGGGAAAUCCAUCCCAUGGAACUGAUGCUGAUGGAGGAGCUGGGCUCGGGGCAAUUUGGUGUUGUGCGUCGGGGCAAAUGGCGCGGCUCCAUCGAUACCGCAGUCAAGAUGAUGAAGGAGGGCACCAUGUCCGAGGAUGAUUUCAUUGAGGAGGCCAAGGUCAUGACCAAAUUGCAGCAUCCAAAUCUAGUGCAGCUCUAUGGCGUUUGCUCCAAGCAUCGUCCCAUCUACAUUGUCACCGAAUACAUGAAGCAUGGCUCGCUGCUCAACUAUUUGCGCCGGCACGAGAACACGCUCAUUGGCAACAUGGGCUUGCUUCUGGACAUGUGCAUACAGGUGAGCAAGGGCAUGGCCUAUCUGGAGCGGCACAACUACAUUCAUCGCGAUCUGGCGGCCCGCAAUUGCCUCGUUGGCUCCGAGAAUGUCGUCAAAGUGGCCGACUUUGGUUUGGCGCGUUAUGUGCUCGACGAUCAAUACACAAGCUCUGGCGGCACGAAGUUCCCCAUCAAAUGGGCACCACCCGAGGUGCUCAACUACACACGGUUCUCCUCCAAGAGUGAUGUUUGGGCUUACGGCGUGCUCAUGUGGGAGAUCUUCACCUGUGGCAAAAUGCCCUAUGGCCGUCUAAAGAACACCGAAGUCGUCGAGCGUGUGCAACGCGGCAUUAUACUAGAGAAACCAAAGUCGUGUGCCAAGGAGAUAUACGAUGUCAUGAAGAAGUGCUGGUCGCAUGGGCCCGAGGAGCGUCCCUCGUUUCGGGUGCUCAAAGAGCAGCUGGCACUUGUGGCCCAAACGCUGACCGACUAAGCGGAUCAUGGAGCAAACGGAUCGUCUGGAUCACGCACUGAUUAGCAAACACAGCAUAAAAACAUAAAACAUAAACCCCAUUAAAAAACAAACAGAAAGAAAUACAAAAGAAAAAAACACAUAAUAAUAUUAAGUAAAGAGCUAAAGUUAAUGAUGGAUAUACAGACGAAGAUAAUGGAUGGCAUUAAACUAAGUUAUUGAGAAGCGUGUGUCUGGAUCGAGUACAUAGAUUUGUAAUAUGUAUAUGAACGGAAAUUGUAGUUCAGAGUUUACGAUUAUGAUUAUUAUUCACUUUAAUGGCAUACUGAAUUAUUUAUAAUAGAGCUAAAGCUGAGCAAAUGAUAUCAUUAUGUUUAUAAUUGUAUAAUUAGAAAUAUACACUUCGAUAUAUGCAUAUAUAUAUAUAUAGAUAUAUAUAUAUAUUUGUAUGUCAUAUAUUAACAAUAACAAACAACAACAGAAAAACCACUAUAUACAUAUAUGGAGUAUAGUAAACUGUAGUUAAUAGUCAAAUUUUUGAUACAUUUCAUAAUGAACGAUGAAUGAAGAUGAUGAUUAUGAUGAUACGAUACUAUUAUGAUGAUACUAUGCAGAAAUUCAUAUUAUAAUUGUGCUUCUUUUAAGUGAAAAGAUACAUUACAUACUUGCAAACAACCGCGCAAACAACAUUCAAGCAAAGUAAUUUUGUAUAAUUAAGCAAACUGAUUAAGCGUAAAUUAUAAAUGUAAGCUCGAGCCGAAGUCGAAAGUCGAACGUGGAAAGUGAAAAGUGAAUCGCUAAUGAAGAUCAGCCACAAUUUUUAUUAGCCUAGAAUUUUACUUGCUUAGUUUAAGUUUUGUGAUUUAUUGUUUAAUCUCUAUUUUUUCGCCCAAUUAAUAACUCCUUUGUAUUGAUCGUUUAUUUUUUUGCCUGAGAUACGAGUAUAUGCAUAUAUUUACAUACGUAUUUAUAUGUAUACACGCAUAUAUCCACCAUAUAGUUUGCAUGCUUUAAAUGCUUUUAAAUGGAUUCAUCCGUUUUUAAUUGAUAACGCGAUAAACAACACAUAUAUUAUAAUAUACGCAAGCAUAUACAUAUUGAUAUAUAUAUAUAUACAAACAUAUAGUAUAUAUAUUUUACCUAUUUUUAUGAAAAGUUUUACUUAAUUAAUUUUAUCGUUCGCAUAAGCCACAAACAAAACGCAGCAUAAGAAACGAAAACAUCAACAAAAUAAACAAAAAACCUAAAUGUA